UUAUUUUCGAUAUUUAUAUCGCUAUCGAAAAUUAUUAAUGACAUAUUUUCAUCUCUAAGUAAUGUGCUAAACGAAAAAUUGUUUGUCACUCUGGAAAUAAAUUGAAUUUGGAAAAUGUUUCGUAAUCAGUAUGACAGCGAUGUUACUGUUUGGAGUCCGCAAGGGCGGCUGCAUCAAGUCGAAUACGCUAUGGAAGCAGUUAAGCUGGGUUCAGCUACUGUCGGUUUAAAAAGCAAAGAUUAUGCGGUACUAGUUGCAAUUUUAAGGGCUGCAUCUGAAUUAUCGUCCUCGCAAAGAAAAAUUAUUCCCAUUGAUGACCAUAUUGGAAUUUCAAUUGCCGGCAUAACCGCCGAUGCUCGGGUUUUAAGUCGCCAUCUACGCACCGAAUGCUUAAACUAUAAAUAUUCUUAUGGUGUCCCACAUCCAGUGGGCAAGCUUAUAACAAAUCUCGGAAAUAAAAUGCAAAUUACAACGCAAAGAUAUGAUCGCCGCCCUUAUGGGGUCGGUUUGCUUGUGGCUGGUUAUGAUGACGAGAAAGGUCCUCGCAUCUAUCAGGUGGUACCUUCUGCAAACUUUUUUAAUUGCAAAGCUAUGUCAAUUGGUUCCCGAUCUCAAAGCUCUCGGACAUAUCUGGAAAGGCAUUUAGCAAGUUUUAAUGAUUGUUCGAAGGACGAGCUAAUUUGUCAUGGUGUUCAAGCAAUAAGAGGAUCACUGCCUAACGAAGAAUUAGGUAAAGAGGACAAGUCUUCUCUGCUUAACAUCUCUAUAGCGAUCGUUGGUAGAGAUCAGCCGUUUAAAAUAUUGGAUGAUAACGAAAAUUUAUUUUAUGUUAAUAUGGCUAAACAGCGAGGAGCAGCUAUCGUUCCGUCUCGUUCCGAUGACGAUAUACGUCCACCAGGACCUGAUGAUGAGCCGCCACGAACUCCACCUAGCGAUCCCGACGUUAUUGUUGCCGCUAUGGAUCAAUAAACAUUUUAUUAUGGAAUAAUAAUUCUGAACAUUAGAAUUUUUUACAAAGAA